AUGGCUUCUUCAGCAGCGGACAUCAAACUGAACCCUUUCGGUCAGUCCCUGCCGCGACACCACACACAUUCCCCGUUUCAGCGAGCGGAUUCAUUUCGGUCUCACCUUUUGUUCUUGCCUGUUCGGUCAUAACGGACGUUGAUCAUUCCCCUCGCGAUUCCACCUUGGCCUUACCUACACAGAGGGUGAGCACAAUUUGAUGCAGUGGAUCGAGGCUGGGAGCAGCUAACGAGUUCGACUGUUUGCUACAGGCUUCAUCUCGGGUGCCUUGGCAGCAUGUACCGCCGUGACCGGUGAGUAUUUUGUGGGGUAGGGAAGGAGGCGCGAGACGAGCAUCUUCACAGAUGGCCCCUACAUACCUCGUCAUCUCGGGGCAUUCGGGACUUUACUAACUCAACACUCUACUUCUCACAGUCACCAACCCGGCCGAAGUGAUGAAGACGCGGCUGCAACUCGACGGCGAGUUGGGCGGCAAGGCCUCCGCACUCGGCGCCGUUUCGGCACGCUCGACCCAAGCAGGGUCCACCACAAAAGCGGGCAUACCCGACCUCAAAGCAUUACCGCAGGACGUUCUCAAGCCUUCGGGACCCGGGGCGGCCAAGGCGGUCAAGGUGUACUCGGGUCCGAUCGACGCGUUCCAAAAGACGUGGAAGUACGAAGGCAUUCGGGGCGUGCAGAGGGGGUUAGGAGCCGCGGUGAGUAGGGGGUUGUGUGGUUGCAGGUUUGGAGAGAGGUACUCAUUUUCUGCAUCACUCUACCAGUAUACCUAUCAAAUCGCGCUGAACGGGUCGAGGCUCGGUUUCUACGAGCCGUUACGGACGAGCAUCAACUCGGUCGUCGGGUACCGGCCCGACCAGGUUGUGACAUGGACAAGUUUGAUGGCCGGUGCGAGUUCGGGUGUCAUUGGGGGUGAGUCGAAUCCAAGUCGGUGGGCCGAAUGAGUCUACGAAGUCUGUACUGAUCUUCGAGCUGGUUUGGCUCCAUUAUCCCACAGCCAUCUUUGGUAACCCCCUCUUUCUCGUCAAGGCGCGCAUGCAAGCCUAUUCUGCUUUCAACCCCGUCGGAGCCCAGCACCACUAUCCCUCGGUAGCGCACGCGUUCCGCAAGAUCAUUCGCGACGAAGGACCGAAAGGACUCGUGCGAGGCAUGGACGCGGCGAUGCUGCGAACGGCGAUGGGCUCGAGCGUGCAGUUGCCGGCCUAUAAUUUCGCCAAGGUCAACUUGGCCGAACAUGGCGUCAAGGACGGGUGGAUGAUGUAUCUCCUUGCAAGCACGUUCAGUGGGAGUUGUGUCUGUGCGGUCAUGCAACCCGCUGGUCAGUUUAAGGAGCGGGCGGUGCCUUUUCAGGUGCUCGAAUAAAGUCACUGACCUUCAAUCGCUCCGUUGUCUAGACACGGCCCUGACACGGAUGUACAACCAAUCGCCCAACUCGCUGGGACCGGACGGAAAGCCACGAGGACUACUAUGUGCGUCUGCCAGGUACAUUUAGCUCUCCACACAUUCAAGACUCGUCUGACUCGUUCUCUUGGCACUUUGUACCUUCCACAGACAAGAACCCGAUCGACUGCCUGUACAAGACCUGGAAAGCGGAGGGCAUUCGCGGGUUAUACAAGGGGACCACAGCACAUCUGAUGAGGGUCGCACCUCACACGUAUGUCCUCCACCUCCACUGUUCCCCGUUAUGUUACCCACGAAAUGCCUUUACUGAUUCGUGUUCUCCUCACUCCUCAUUAGUAUUGUCACCUUGGUCGCGAACGAACAAUUCUCGAGGCGGUGGAUCGCGUACAAAAAAUUGAGCAUCAUCGCUAGGGAUUAA